AUGUCUUUCUACAAUUCUUACCUCGGUUUCCUAUACCGGCAAUUUCUAGUGUGCCCUCCCAAGGCACCCUCCACCACAUCUCUCCAAGGCAAAGCCGGCAUAGUGACAGGCUCAAACACUGGCCUAGGCUACCAAGCCUCAGCCCAGCUGCUAAGGCUUGGUCUCUCACAUCUCAUCUUAGCGGUACGCAGCCUCUCCAAAGGCGAAAUAGCGCGCAAAUCCCUCCUGGCCUCACUCCCCAAGUCUACCAAGCCUCCCAUGGUCGAAGUCUGGGAGCUAGACUUGGCAGACUAUGACAGAAUUACCAGCUUUGUCAAACGGCUUCAACAGUCUGGCAUCUAUAUUGACUUCGCUCUCCUCAACGCCGGUGUUGCCAACUUCAACUACACCCAGACUCCAUCGACAUCGCAUGAGUCCAGUAUCCAGAUCAACUGGCUGGGCACUGCUCUGCUUACUCUUUUUCUCCUCUCCAAUCUCAACAAACAGGCUAUAGCCAAUCCUACACGUCUCCGCCCUGUGAUCUCAAUCGUUGGUAGCGAGACUGCUGCUUGGGCGAAGUUCAAAGAAGCCCAGGUCUCCACUGCGAAGGGCAUUCCUCUUAUUGAAGUUCUGGAUGAUAAAACGCAUUUCGACAUGGGUGAUCGAUACUACACGUCGAAGCUACUCUAUCAGCUCUUUUUCCUGGAGCUUAUCCGCAGCCAUCGAUCUGCUUCCCAGGGUGCGAUUCUCAAUCUUGUUAACCCUGGCUUUUGCUAUGGAUCUGAGUUGCAUCGUACGGCUGAGGGGGCCUUUGGGGUCGUCCUCUCUGGUAUGAAGAGGGUUGUGGGCCGUUCUGUCCCUAUGGGUGCUCGGACCCUUGUUCAUGCGGUAGUACUGGCUGGUGAGAGCUCGGACGGCAAAUAUCUGAGUGACUGUAAGAUGGCUCCGUUUGCAGGAUAUGGAGAUAGUGAUGAUGGUCGGAAGAUUCAAACUCAGGUGUGGAAGGAGACUGUGGCAGAGCUAAGUCGGUCAGUGGAUAUGGACAGGAUGUUGUUGGAUAUCUGA